AUGGACUUGGAGACAACCCCAAGAAGAUACAACUUUUCCAACUAUCUAGCUGGACAAGCCAAAGAAUGGGCUAAGUUCAAUGCCCAACAUGCUUUCAAGACUUGGAAUGGAUACAAAGGAAGCUUUCCUUACAGAUUUGCUAAGGUCCAUUUAUGUUCCACCACCACGCCCAAGCUAUUCACAACACCAUCCAUCAUCACCAGACAUAAAUCAAGACACCACUUUUCCCAAGGAGAGCUUCACAAGCUGCGCGCCAAACCAAGAUUGAAGAGAUGCUUCAAGAGUACUUGA